CCCAAUAACAAACAAACAAAAAUUCACAAUCGCAAUUAAAAUGUUGAGCAACGCAACAAAGAGGGUUCUAGGGUUAGGGUUCCGCCGCGAGGCGCCCGCGAUAAAUCAGCUGCGAUUCUACCAUGAGAGAGUCGUGGACCAUUACAAUAACCCCAGGAACGUCGGGUCGUUCGAUAAGUCCGACCCGAAUGUCGGAACCGGGCUUGUCGGAGCCCCGGCUUGCGGCGAUGUGAUGAAGCUGCAAAUUAAGGUGGAUGAUAAGACUGGGCAGAUUGUUGACGCUUGUUUCAAGACUUUUGGUUGUGGUUCCGCUAUUGCCUCGUCUUCUGUUGCUACUGAAUGGGUGAAGGGCAGACAAAUGGAGGAUGUUGUAUCUAUCAAAAAUACGGAAAUCGCAAAACAUCUCUCUCUUCCACCUGUGAAGCUUCACUGCAGCAUGCUUGCUGAGGAUGCAAUAAAGGCAGCUGUAAAAGAUUACGAGGCCAAACGUGCGAAAUCUAGUACUGCAGAAGCUUCACCUGCGGAGAAGGCUGCCGAUGGUUGAUAACAGAAGUUGUGAUAUUCACUGGAAACAGAUAUGAUGCAAAAGGAUGUGCUAUUUACGGGUUGUUUUUUUUUUUCUGUUUUGUUAUAAUAAUGGUUGUAGCUAACAAUAUUUUAAGUGCUUGUGUAUGUGCUUGAUUACUGAAAGCUAAAGUGAUAAUCUUGUAUGUAAAUUAACUUAUUAUGGAAGGAUAUAAAAAAACUUUAUUAUUAUGUUAUUA